AGUACGUUUUAUUUUUAUCCCAUUUCAUAUUGUAAUCGGCUCCUUGCACCCUCAAAAUCCUUAAUUUAAAAUGAAUUCAAUCUAUUUUCCACGAAUUGUUAAGUCCUGCAAUUUCGUAGCAAGGAGAUAUAUAGGAAUUACACAGUCUAAGCUUAAAUCCUUCAAGGUACAAGAUGACCAAGACUUUUUAGAAAAGGUGGAGAAGAGUAAGGAUCCAAUAAUUGUGGAUUUCUUCGCAAACUGGUGUGGUCCAUGCAAGGCAUUGGAACCAAGAUUGCAAAAUGUUAUUGCACAAAGAAAAGGUCAAAUAUCUCUUGCAAAAGUGGAUAUUGAUGAUUUAGGAGAGUUAGCUGCAAAAUACGAGGUGAGCACCAUACCUGCAUUAGUAGUUUUCCAAGAUGGUAAAGUGAAGGAGAGACUAGUAGGAUUACAAGAUGAAGACAAACUGAACACAUGGAUAGAUAAUGUGUUAAAAAAGUAAAUCGAGGCAUAAUGCUAUUAUAAUUGUAUAUUGAGUGAUAUUUGUUGGAUGUAAGAUGAUUUUAAAUAAAAAUAAAGAAUAUGUGCAUAGC